UCCGCAACCUCAUUAUUUUCCUCUUUCCCCCCUUUCCCCUCUCUCUCGCUACAAAAAUCCGCCAUUAUUAACCAGAGAGAAGAAAGACAUAACAAACAGAAAGCCCCCAUUCGUUUUCGCCCAAUCUUUUCCUCUUCCUUCCAUCGACGGAAGAAAGAGGCGAAGAGAGAGACCAGGGAAGAAAAGAAAAAAAAAACAUUACAGAAACAAAUUUACAAUAUCUCGACGCCUAUAUCCCUACCAUUUAAGCUAUGGCAACGGAGAUCUUGAGUCCACAGGAUUGUCUCACCCAGCGGAUCAGAGUCCCUCCUUGCCGCCGGCGAAAUUUUCACUACCACGGCCACGCCAACAACGGCAACGGAAAUGGAAAUUGUUCUAGCAAUAACAUUAGCAACAGUACAUCGUCUAACCCUAGGUUUAACAGAAAGUCGGCAGCGGGUGGGCAGAGGCCGUCCGACCACCACAGGAAGCGUCAUCAGCCGGAGCCGUCCAUCUCGAAGAGAUCGACCUCCGCCGAUGACUUGAGGAUCUCCUCCUCGAAGAAGAAUCACCACCACCACCAGCACGGACACAGCCUGGUGAUGGAUAAGGUCACGAUUCUCAGGCGUGGUGAGUCGCUUGAUUCCAGAAGCGCAGAAACGAGUUCUUCGUCGUUGGUGGUGAACGAUACGGAGAGGAUUGGGGCGGAUCCCGAGGCGGUGUCGAGGCAGAUCAGAAUCACCGACGCGAGGCCACCGCCGGCGCUAGGGGUGCCGAUGAAGUGCGACGUGUACGCCGGAUCGGCGUUCGCGAUGUCUCCGGCUCCCAGCGCGCUCCCGUUGCCGUCUUUCUCGAAGAAGAAGCAGGUUCCCGUUGACGACUCGGCUACCAGGGACCUCCGACGCUUGCUCCGGCUCGAUCUUUGAGAUCCCGAAAGGAUUUUUGGAGAUCUCGUUUCAGAAUCGCAAAACAUUUUAAAAAAAUUAUUCUGUUCUCGUAUGCGUCGUCGGCCGAGCAGCUCGCCUGAGAUUUCCCCGGCGUUUCCCGAUCCGGAAACAGUCCUCGUUAAUAUUUUUUCUAAAAGCGGGGGGGCAGAUCGGGAAUUCUGGGAAGUUUUGGGGAGCUAAUCGAUUAUUUUCGGGGGCGUUGAUUUUAAGGUAAUGAAAUUUCGGGCGAACUGGUGGGUGGUUGGUUGGAUUACCGGUGGUAUUAUUGGUAAUUAGUGGAAGAAGGUGUAUGGAAAUGGAAGGAAUUAAUUAAUUAAUGCGAGGUAAGUUAGUGGAUUUGUGAUGUUUGUAAUGUUUGGAGAAUCGGUGGGGGGUUUGUGAAGUGGGGAAAUUAGUGGAUUUUUCUUUUUAUCUCUUUUUGGGUUGGGUGGCCAGGUGGGUGCUGUGUUGUGGGCUUCGAGAGGGGGAAUAUGUAAAAUUUCUUACUGAUUAUUGUACUGUAAAAAGUAAGAUUGAAGAUAAUUUUGGAGGGGAAAUUAAAAAAAGGAUUAAGAACUUGGGUCAAAUUAUUAAUCUCAUAUAAUACUAUUGGUAACACAAAAUAUUAUUUUAAUGUUUUCACUGUACUGGCUGGUUCGCUACAUCGGAAUUUAUUUCACUGAAACUGGACCAUUAGAUUAGAUUAGUUAUCAGUGGGCAACAACGGUUAACACAAUAUAAUAGAAUUUAUUCG